AUGCUUGUCAAGUCGAGUCUCGCCCUCGCCUCCGCGGCCCUUGUUUUGGGUGCCGCUUCUUCCUCCUCCUUCUCGUCACAGCCCUAUGAGGAUACCUACGAUUAUAUCGUCGUCGGCGGUGGCACCGCUGGAGUAGCCGUGGCGGCUCGUCUCAGCGAGGGGCUCCCUGCCUCCAAGAUCCUCCUCAUCGAGGCGGGACCGGCGGUGUGGGAUGAGCCUAAAAUCAACGUCCCCGGCAUGAAGGGCUCGACGCUGGCCACCAAGUACGACUGGAACUUCACAACCGUGCCGCAGACCAAUGUCAAUAGCCGAACUUUCACGGUCAACCGAGGCAAGGUCCUCGGCGGCAGCUCCGCCCUCAACCUCAUGUCGUACGACAGGGCUGCCGCGGCCGAGUAUGACGGCUGGGAGGCUCUCGGCAACCCGGGAUGGAACUGGGAGACGAUGAUUGCCGCUAUGAAGAAGUCGGAGAACUUUACUGGCAUCAAUACCGAUACGUACGGCUCCGAAGGUGUCGGUGACAGCGGCCCGGUCAAGGCUGUCAUCAACCGCAUCAUUCCCGAGCAUCAGAAGACGUGGAUCCCGACGAUGAAUGCCCUCGGUAUUGAAAGCAACUUGGAGUCACUCGGCGGAGAUCCUCUCGGAGUGAUGUAUCAGCCCAGUAGUAUUGAUCCGACUCACUACAACAGGUCAUACAGUGCUAAUGCCUAUGUCCCCAUUGCCGGAUCGAACUUGGAAAUCCUUUCCGGUACUAUGGUUAUCAAGGUCAACCUCGGGAAGGCUACAAGUAACUCGAAUCUUCUGGCGGCCACGGGAGUUACUCUCUCAGACGGAACCGUCAUCUCAGCCAAGAAGGAGGUCAUCCUAUCAGCUGGCUCCAUCCAAAGCCCAGGCUUGCUGGAAUUGUCAGGCAUUGGCCAAUCCUCGGUUCUCAACGCCUCCGGCAUCGAACAAGUCAUUGACCUCCCUGGUGUUGGCGAGAACCUCCAGGACCAUCUUCGCAUUCAAAGCUCCUACCAGCUCAAGGGCAACUUCACCUCCUUCGACAUCCUCCGCAGCAACGCUACCUACGCCGCGAAGCAGCUGGCCCUCUGGAACGCCGGACAAAAAAAGCUAGAGUUUAUGACCGAUCCCUCCAUCCCCCAGCUCGAGGUCAUCUUCUCAGAUGGCUACACCGGCGUCAAGGGGUACCCCGCGUCAACAUCUCCUCUCUUCGGCGAAGGAUUCUUCACCCUCAUCGCCGCGAUCAUGCACCCCUUGAGCCGGGGCAACAUUCACAUCAACCCCGUCAACACCACUGGAAAGCCCGUCAUCAACCCGAACUACUUUGCGCACGAACAUGAUCUUGAGGCAGCGGUCCAGGCCAUCAAGUACUGCCGCAAGAUCGCAACCACCGAGCCAAUGAGAUCUAUCUGGGAGAACGAGUACGAACCUGGAUUGGAUGUUGUCCAGACCGACGAGCAGUGGAAACAGUUUGCUCUUAACACGACGUUGAGCAUCUUCCACCCCGUCGGAACCUGUUCCAUGCUCCCGAAGGAGGAUGGCGGUGUUGUUGACAGCGACCUCAAGGUGUACGGCACCUCCAACCUGCGCGUUGUCGAUGCUAGCGUCAUUCCUCUGCUUAUUUCUGCACAUGUACAAACUGCCGUCUAUGGUAUUGCAGAGAUCGCGGCUGAGCGCAUCAUCGCAGAUGCUUAG